AUUCUGUGCCGUGUGUCAGUUGUAGAGGAGAGAGGGCUAGACACAGGAGGGGAGGGAGGAGGAGAGCACAGCCGAGUCCAAACAAAAGCAGGACACCGAGCGAGAGAGAGAAAGAGCCGAGUGGAAGUUGGCAGCCUCGGUCCAGACCCCACCCUCCGGGAGAGCGAUCCGUGCCAGGCUCCCUCCGAUCCUGCCCCCUUCCCCACCACCCCCCUGCCCCGCCGCCGCCGCCACUGCUGGACCCGCUCCGGAUCUGGACGGAUUGGUGCGCCCUGGGAUUAUCGAAGCCACAACAAAGGAGAAGAACAAUAAGAGUUGUGAUCGGAGGAGAUGGAUGAUCAGCCUAGGCUAAUGCACAGCCACCCCGGGGUGGGGAUGGCCGCUCACCCCAGCCUGUCCCAGCACAUGCAGGAUGGCAGCGGACCCAACGAGGGGGAGGGGGGCAGGAAGCAGGACAUCGGGGAUAUAUUACAGCAGAUCAUGACCAUCACCGACCAGAGUCUGGACGAGGCACAGGCCAGCUGCAUGGAUCGGCAGGAACGUGAAAGGAAACAUGCCCUUAACUGCCACAGAAUGAAGCCGGCGCUCUUCAAUGUGCUUUGUGAAAUUAAAGAAAAGACAGUCCUUAGUAUCCGGGGAGCACAAGAGGAAGAGCCACAAGACCCACAGCUGAUGAGGUUGGAUAACAUGCUUUUGGCGGAAGGCGUAGCGGGCCCUGAAAAAGGUGGAGGUUCUGCGGCAGCCGCAGCAGCAGCCGCUGCCUCAGGUGGAGCCGGCUCAGACAACUCAGUGGAACAUUCAGAUUACAGAGCAAAAUUAUCCCAGAUCCGACAAAUCUAUCACACAGAGUUAGAGAAAUAUGAACAGGCCUGUAACGAAUUCACAACACAUGUGAUGAAUCUGUUACGAGAACAGAGCCGGACCAGACCUAUUUCCCCCAAAGAGAUUGAACGCAUGGUUGGAAUUAUCCACAGAAAGUUUAGCUCUAUCCAGAUGCAGCUCAAGCAAAGCACAUGUGAAGCUGUAAUGAUUCUUCGCUCCCGCUUCCUCGAUGCUCGGCGGAAGAGGAGAAACUUUAACAAGCAAGCAACAGAAAUCUUGAAUGAGUAUUUCUACUCACACCUCAGUAACCCUUACCCCAGCGAAGAGGCCAAAGAGGAGUUAGCCAAGAAGUGUGGCAUAACGGUGUCACAGGUAUCAAACUGGUUCGGAAAUAAGCGAAUCCGCUACAAGAAGAACAUAGGUAAAUUCCAAGAGGAAGCCAAUAUUUAUGCUGCCAAAACAGCUGUGACUGCUACCAAUGUGUCAGUUCACGGAAGUCAAGCCAAUUCGCCCUCAACUCCCAGUUCUGCUGGGAACAAACAGACGGAACGCGGGGCAGUUCAACCACAAAACAAAGUGCAGUUCCUGUCGCCACAGAACCUCGGUUCCUCCAGUUCUUUUAACAUGUCAAACUCUGGAGAUUUGUUCAUGAGCGUGCAGUCUCUCAAUGGAGAUUCUUACCAAGGUGCCCAGGUUGGAGCCAACGUACAGUCACAGCCUGAAUUCUGCAGUACAGGGACUGCAAGGGGCUUGACACCAAGUCAAAUUCAGGUGGAUACCCUUCGCCAUGUUAUCAGUCAGACAGGCGGAUACAGUGAGACUCUGACAGCAAAUCAGAUGUACAGUCCGCAGGGCAUCAGUGCUAACGGAGGGUGGCAGGAUGCAGCCACUCCUUCGUCUGUGACUUCCCCUACGGAAGGACCUGGCAGUGUCCACUCUGAUACCUCCAACUGAGCAGCCGGCUCCUGAAUUUUCACUUUUGAAAGCCAGAUUCCAUCCCUUCCCUCUCACUCCAGAUGGCCACUGUGGGAAUGCAGCAAACACAAUGACCUCUUUUGACAUACCCAUUGGCAGCUCCCCACCCCUCCAUUUUUUUUAAUCACCAUCACUCCUCCUUUCAUGACUAGAUUUAUGUCAGUGAUUCACUUUUAUAUAGCCCACACCCAUAAUUGAUUUUACACAUUCUAGGAAUAGUUUCAUGUGAGUAGCAGAUGGCUACCAAUACAUAUCAAUAAAUACUAAAUACAGUUUAAUUUUAAAUAUGGCUGUAGCUGUGUACAGAAACAGCCAUAUUUAAGAGCUAGUAUGUCUAAAAAUGUGAUAUUUAUAAAGACUGUGCUGUUUUGAUUUUCAUUUGGCUUAUUACUGCACCCCUCAUAUACAAUUAAGAUGUAGCUAAGGGCCAAAAAUGCAUCUUGUGAACAUCUUAGUCUAACUUUGCUUCCUACUGCAGUCAUUCUCCCCUCUGAAUCAUGGGACUGAGCCAUGGAUAUUGCUAUACCAUUGACCUCUGAUUUUCUACACAAUAUCCAUUUACAUUUGCCUGGUGUCUUUUCUGCUGAAGGAACCCCGUUCGCUCCUCUGCAAGUAGACCAUCAUGAGGGAAUGCUUGAAAGAGACUGAAACUUUACCAGGCCUGACGGUUCCUGGAUCUACUGCUGGUGAAAUUUCCUUGUAUCUGCAGACCCGAUUUCUACUUUGGGUAUGGAUGGUUGUGUUUGCCAGACAUUGGUUUGUCCUACAAGAAGCUCAGCAUAGCUAAGACAUCAGUACAGAUUUCUAUAGUCCUUGCCACCAAGUCACAACUCCGUCCACUGUAACUGCCUACACAAUUGGACUGCUACAUUUUUCCGAAGACUUCUCUAACAUGGCUCAAAGUAAACCACCGGUGUUGUAUCAGGCCUUUACGUUUACUCCACACCAUGUUCUGGAAUGUCACCAUGCUGCUUCAUAACUCUACACAUGCCUUUUCCCCUUUAGCAUCAAGUAUCUCUGCAAGAAAAGCUUGCUCUAUUUCCAGAUCAGUUCGGUUUCCGUCCAGAUCACAGUUCUUCAUGACAACUCCAGCUCCACUAAGAUUAGCCACCUGCAACUCCACUUUUUUUAGAUUUUUUUUUUUUUUCAUCUCAUGAGUUCAGACUUAGUUGAAGAAAUGGCACCAUACAGUGUUGUUGCAUUUAUCGGACAUCACUAUGUCAUUGAAUAAUCUCACCGUCUGACAGAUCUCCAAAGACACCCACAUGCGGUGUCCCAAAUCAACGUUUGAUACCAAAAAUCCGCAUGUGCUCGCACAGAGGAAAGACGGACACAGAGGGAAGUGCUCAGCUUUAUUAACAUUCACCGCGGUUUCACAUAACUUGUGUAUCGUCGAUUGUUAUAUUUGAGAUAAACAUUUGAUGCUGGAUGUUCUUGUAUAUUCUGAAGAAAACAAAAAGACACAAGAUAAAAAAAAAAGACAUGAAACAGCCAAAAAUUGUCCUGGGUUUAAUAAUGUUUAUUACUAAAAGGAGAUAAAAAAAAAUAUGAAAAAAAUUGUCCUGUUGCAGAGAUCACACCCGUUUAGCAUGGAAAUAGGUUGCUGAUUUCUAUUUUAUGUCUUUCAUAUUUCUUGCUUAGUUUUAACACGAAAGAAAAAAAACAAAACUACCUACAUGUGAUUUAUUUUAUUCUUUUUAACACCGCGCGUUUGUGAGUUAUAAUGCAAUGCUAGAUAAAUGUAGUUGGGCACCUUUUUAGUUUUUUCAUUUCUUUUUUUACUUUUUUUUUUUUCUUUUUCUUUUUUUCUAAAGUGUGGGAAAUGUGGGCGGGCACAGGGUUGUGGGCAAAUUUGAAGUGGUUACAUGAGGAAAGGGUAUGGGUAUUUUCCCAAUGACCCCUUUACAGCUGGGGGGAUUGGUAAUAUAUAUGCUGUAUUUUCCCUCUAGCAGAAAUGGGGUUAAUUUAGCAGUCACAAAGACUCUGCAAUAUAAACCCACUUUUUGUACACUAAAGUUAAAAAAAAUAAAAAAAACAAAAAAGUAUGAAAAAUGUUGGAAAAAAGCUGGAAUAGUUAAACAAUAGGUACAUCAUAAAAUGUACAUUUAAUAACUUUUCUGAGAACCAGAAAUAAAUUCCUUUUUUUCCUGUU